GAUUCACCAAUGGCACCGCGGCAUAAACAAAAUUUAGGAGUUGGGGUGAUGGCGUGCGUGGGAAUAGAUAAGGGAAAUUAAUGUAUCAUUGUGUGCUGAUGUCCUCCAAAGUGUCAUGUCAUGAACUUCAAUAAUGGGUCUAUUCCAUAUAAUGAAGGAUCUGGAGACGAACAUUCGAUGUGCGAGCUUGAUUCUAGGAAUGUGUCCAGCGAGGAUGAGAUCAAUCUCAACAAUCAUCCGGAGCCGCAAGCAUCGACGUCUGAAUCUAGAAAUCAAGAAGACGAUGAAUAUAUUUUUGAUGUUCUUUCUGCCGAUGAAUUAGUAGAAUUCAUGCUUGCGGAGAUCAAUCAAGUGAACGAGAUCAUGAAGCUGCCAACAACGAUGGUACGAAUCCUCUUGAAUCAUUUCAACUGGGACAAGGCCAAGCUUUUGGAAAGAUUUUAUGAUACGGACCAAGAACAGCUCUUCAGGGAAGCUCAUGUAGUCAGUCCCUUCAUAACAAACAAGGUCUGCUUCGAUACGUAAGGCGACCGGUCAACCCCAGUUGGGCGGUGUUGAACAGUGUGAGAUUUGCCUCACCGAGCAGCCCUCUUCGGCUAUGUCCGGCCUGGCGUGUGGUCACCGGUUCUGCUCGGACUGCUGGUCCGGCUACCUCACCACCCGGGUGAUGGAGGACGGCGUCGGCUGCACCAUCUCCUGCGCCGCUCACGGCUGUGACAUCCUGGUCGACGACGAGACGGUGCUGCGACUGGUGACGGAGCCGCGCGUGCUGGCCCGAUAUCAGCGCCUCAUCACCGACACAUUCGUACAGUGUAACCGCCGGCUGUGUUGGUGCCCCAGCCCGGAUUGCGGCCGCGCGGUGCUGGUAGCCUAUCCGGACGCCCGGCCAGUCCUCUGUAGCUGUGGACACCGCUUCUGUUUCGCGUGUGGCGACCUGUGGCACGAGCCUGUGCGGUGUCACCUGCUCAAACGGUGGCGGAAGAAGUGCGACGACGAUUCGGAGACGUUCAACUGGCUCUCCGCAAACACCAAGGAAUGUCCAAAGUGUAAGGUCACCAUUGAGAAGGACGGCGGGUGCAACCACAUGAUCUGCAAGAACCAGAGCUGCCGGGCGGACUUUUGCUGGGUGUGCCUCGGACCCUGGGAGCCGCACGGAUCGUCCUGGUACAGCUGCAACCGGUUCGACGAGGCCGAGGCACGGGCGGCGCGCGACGCCCAGGAGCUGUCGCGCGCCGCCCUCAACCGCUACCUGUUCUACUUCAACCGCUUCAUCAACCACAGUCAGUCGCUGCGCUUCGAGAGCCGGCUGUACGCGUCCGUCCAGCAGAAAAUGGAGGAGAUGCAGCAGCACAACAUGAGCUGGAUCGAGGUGCAGUUUCUGAAGAAGGCGGUGGACGUGCUAUGCUCCUGUCGACAAACGCUCAUGUACACUUACGUCUUCGCCUACUACCUGCAGAAGAACAACCAGUCCACCAUCUUUGAGGAGAAUCAGAAGGACCUGGAGCGUUGCACAGAGCUGCUUUCCGAGUACCUGGAGCGGGACAUCACCCAGCAGCUGCUAGCUGACAUCAAACAGACUGUCCAGGACAAGUACAGGUACUGUGAAAACCGCAGAAAGGUGCUUCUCGGACACGUGUUGGAGGGCUACGAGCGCGACUGGUGGGUAUACAGCGAGCAGUGAUCGCCGAGAUACGAGUCAUGGAACGUCUCAGCACCGUUCUGUACCACGCUGAGUCGGCCGGACACCGAGUCUGCUGGCUGCAGUGGUCAAGGCGAGUCGCUCUGGCCCACAUUGUGUGCCGAGAGUGGAGUGCAAGCUCUGUCUCGUAAUCUGUUGCUCCCUGAGUUCACCAAAUACGUGUAAGAAGGGGAGGUGGGUCGCUUGUUGAUGGUGAGGUCUGCUCAUGGCUCUUUGCAUGAGGUUCGUGUUGAAGCUGAAGAGCUUUACCGCCUGAACCGGGCUGAGGUGAAUAUCUGUGAUCUGUCGUACAAACACUGCGAUCAUAGCUGCAUGUUAUCGAUGACCUAUCUAAACGCUCCUGUGGUGUUAACAGUUAACGCAUUGUAGGUUGUAUUCGGUAUUUUUUUUCUAUUAGGCAUUAGCGUAAAUAAUGGCUGGCGAUAGCGGAACUUUGCUGUGUCAAAUUUUCAAUUAUUUCCCGAACAGCUUUACUUGUUGGCCAUAAAUUCCAUGUCUGGAUUAUUCAACUACGAUAAACAACCUUGGCAAUAGUCCAACAGCCUCCAUGUCCGAAUAUUUCCACAUCACUGUGGACGAAACUGGGCCGAUGUCGAAUCCGCUUGAAUGUUAAAUGGGGACCGUAAUUGAAUACAACCGUUUAUUGCCACA